UUUAGAGAGGUGGCUCUUCUGACCAGCCCGCCAUUCCAAAUAUACCCCUUUUGUCUCCCAGCUUUGAGUUUUUCAUCACAACUGAUAAUCCUCCUCUCUCUCUCUUUCUCUCUCUUCCCUUUCUCUCUCUCUCUCUCUCUACAGAAUUUCACGAAAAACGAAGCACAAAUCGAAUUAACUAGAGAAACAAAAUACCGAAAACGGACAAAAACAACGCCCAAUUUUUCUAGGGUUUCAAAUUCCUCCCUCCAAUUUCCACGGGCACUGAUUGAUUGUUCAUUAAUAAUUUCCAUUUUUUUUUAAUUCCACCUCAAUCGCCAUUUUUUUGUUUUCCUCUCCAGGAAAACCGUUUCCUCGUUCAGAUCAGAAUUAGUAGCGAAGAAGAACGAACUCCUAUUUUUUUUUUUUUUGUUUCCUGGAUCAGAAAUCACGAUGGGGAAAUACUUUCCCGGGAAAAUUUCAGCUCCGGUUUAUGGCUUUCUUAUUCCUCAUUAAGCUGCAAGGUAAGUUUUGGAGAUUGUGAUUUGAUCCGAAAGCGUAAGUUCUAUUUGGUUCUCUGAGGUUGAGAAAAAAGAACAGGAAAUGUAUGUGUAAUCUGAAGUGAAAUUUUAUCAGUGUGUAACCGAGGGAGGUAUUGAUUGGAGCUUUUGGUGUUUGUGGAUUUUAAUUUUUUAAAGAUUAAUUCUUGAGCAUGCUUGUAGUUUGGUGUGUUUGAGGUUCUGUUGUAAUGGAGUCUGAUAAUUCGACCCCGUCCACCAGCCUGAUAAAAUGCUGCGACUGCGACUGCGAAUAUUGCAGCAGCUCUUCAAUGAUGAAGAGGUCUCUUUCAAGUGCUUGUCUUAGGUCUGUGAAGCGUAAGUACGACGAGUUUGAGGAAGAAAAAAAUCAAUUCACAAUCCCAGGUUUCAUCGUGCCACAAAAUGCACGUGUAGAGAUAGGAAAUGAAUGUAACGUGCUUCGUGAAAUGGUCACCAAUCAGCAGAGUAAAAUUCAGGACCUCAUGUCCGAGCUGGAGGAAGAGAGAAAUGCCGCCUCGUCAGCUGCCAACGAAACACUGUCCAUGAUUCGUAGAUUGCAGAGGGACAAGGCGGAGGUUCAGAUGGAAGCGAGGCAGUUUAAGAGGUUUGCGGAGGAUAAAAUGGCGCACGACCAGCAGGAGAUUCUGCGAUUGGAGGAUUUGUUGUACAAGAGGGAGCAGACCAUACAGUCACUUAUGUGUGAGGUGAACGCGUAUAAACACAGGAUGAUGAGUUAUGGGCUGACAGGGCCGGAAGCAGAUGGAGACAGGGGUACUUUGAGCCGGAACACUAGCAUGAUUGAGUACCCGGAAGGGCAGAUUGAGUUUCCUCCUUAUGAAAUUUACCCUCCUUUAAAGUGCAAUUCGAACGAUUCACAGGCUUAUCCAGAUGGAGAUGAUGAAAUUCAUGAUAUGGAGAAAUAUACGUAUGGGGAAACUCCACAUCCUCGGGAUCAGUUGAAGGAUUUGGAGGAUCGAAUCAAUAAAUUGGAGAGAAGUCCGAGGGCAAUCCAGUCUGAAGGUGAAUUCAUUAGUGCGAAAAACGUGCUUGAAAAGGUAAUAGUGGGUCAGUCUCCAAGACUGACGAAUCACAUUAGGAAGUAUUCUACCGACAGCACGAAUUCAAUUCAUGCAAUGGGCCCGGAUCUUGCCAGAGAUUCUCCCAAGUAUGGAACCAGUUUUAAGAAAACGCAAUUUUCCUAUCUUGAGGAGAAUUCUAAUUCGAGGAAGGUGGAUAAUGCAUCGGAAGUUGAAGAGGACUUGGGUGACAGGGUGUACACAAUCGACUCUGUUUAUCAGGCAACUUCUAUUAAUGGUCUUAUGGGUUCCAAGGUUUCUGUUGGAGUUGGUGGUGAUGAAUGUCUCGACGCCCCAAUGGAGUCACUUAAUCAUUCUGAUGAUAAAGACAUAGAGAUCCAGAAGCUAUAUGCAAGGCUUCAUGCUCUUGAGGCUGAUAGAGAAUCGAUGAGGCAAGCCAUUAUUUCUAUUGGGACUGACAAAGCACAGGUUGUACUGUUGAAGGAGAUAGCUCAGAACUUCUAUAGAGAUAUGUCUCUGCCAAGGAGAAUGCCCGUAAGGAGUCCGUCGGUGGUUGCAAAAUUUUCCUUCAUGUCGAUAUUCAAGUGGCUCGUUCCCCUUGUUUUCUGGAAAAGAAAAGCGCGCAGAUGCAAGUACAUGUUCGGUUUAUCAGCCAACAAUGCAGGCCUACUAUUGCUUUUGGACCGAGGUCCUCGUGUGGGGCAGUGGAGAUGUAUAUUCAGUACGAACAUGCAAGUCAAUAAUACGGACUAACAUAUGUGUGUCACUUAUCAAAGGUUUCCGCUUUGUUUCACGUUUUCCUUGUUAUGGUGGGAUUGCAGGUAUUCGUUUUCGUGUAGGAUUGCGUUUUAUUGGCAAAAAAAGGAAUACUUAGUAUUCUUGUGGUCGUUAUAUCCUCAUUUGGUUUUGUUCAAAUUUAGUCGAGGUUUUUUUGGUUCUUAGUUUGUUUUUCUGCUGUAUAUAUACAAAGAUUGUUGAUGGAUUAUCCGUUAGAGGCUUAGAGCACACAGUGUGUUAUUCUUUUAUAAGUGAAGAGCUUUCACGUUCA